AUAUUCAUUAAUUAAAUAGCUUAGUCCAUGUAGGCCUCAAUUUGCGCUGUUGAGCAGGCAGCGGGUGGAGUAAUACUGGAUGCCCGAUUGGAAGCCCACAAUCUGUGGGGAGAAGUCUGGAGAGACGGUGUGCAGUGAAAGCAACGAGGUGGCGGUGUGGUUGUGCCCACUGUGUCAACAACGGUUACCAGACAGGGGCUCCCUUUCUCUGCACCUGUCUGACAGUCAUAGUGUGCUCCCUAACUGUGUCGACAAGCUGCUGGACAUUGCUGCUCCCAAACAGGGGGCGAGUGGGGUGGACGGGGACACCGAUGUUCAGCAUGACGCAGAUGCCCCGUCAUUACAGCUGAAGCUUUUAGAAGCCUCCCUCUCAGACCCGUGUCAUAAUAAUGAGAACACUGACGGACCCCAACAUAAUUCCGACAGUAGGCACACUCUCAUUGGGUCUGGAGACAAAGAGAUGGAUAAGGAGGCAGAGGGAGCUAGAGACCCGGAGGGAGGUGGAGUUGUCUUUGAGACGCAUCAGGAGAGAAGUCAGUCCACAGAAACACCUGACAACAAUGAAGAGUCAACAGGUACACAUUGUGUAAUGGCUGAAGGCGAUGACAGUCCUCCAUUCAAGUGUAAUGCGUGCUUAGAGGCUUUUCCUACCAGGACCGCAUUAAGUGUUCACUACAACUCUGCAUCCCAUGUGCAACGGAUGAGAACAGGAUCCCUAAAACAGGGUGGUGAAAAUGGCACCCCAGCCGCUCCCUCAGUCCCUUUUCUGUCUCGGCCAUAUCUAUCAAACAAGCCCUACCAGUGCACUGUGUGUCGAGUCUCUUACAACCAUGCCAUCACCCUGGAGAGUCAUUUGAAAUCUGUUUUGCACCAGACUCGUAGCAGAAAUGCAGGAAUCUCUGCCAACAGUGCAGGUGGAAAUUCAGGAAGGACCAAUAUGGCUACUAACUUAGUUGUUACGUCUGGGGGCAGUGCUGCACAGUUGGUUAGCACCACCAGCAGCAAUUGUGUCAACCCGGCAAGCCUGGCUGCUGCAGCAAUGACUAACAAAGACGGAGAAGCAAUUCAAACCCAGCCGGCUCCCUCACUGCUUUCCUCCCCUGUGACCUCUGCUCAGGCAGUCUCUGCUUUUCUCACCCUCCUCACGUCCAGCCCAAGCUCUAUCUCACACUCCCUCCUCCCCUCUCUGUUUGCGGCUGGCGCGUCCCCUGCCACGGCCUCACCUCAGCUCAUAACCCAGACUCAGAUGCUCAUCCCCUUUAUCCUGAAUGGGCUCCAAACACAAAGCCAGAGACUAAACCCAGAGCUUCUGACCCAGUCAAUACCCCUACUAGGUCUCAAUGCUGCCCAGCAAGCUAUCCUGGCCCAAAGACUCAGUAGCUUACAGAACCAGUGGCCAGCUGUCGGUCUCCAAGCAAUCUCACAAGCCUGUUCAGAAGACAGCCAAACAAACAAGAGCGAAGUGAAGCAAGACACAAACGAGGCGACAUCUGAGGAGAAAGGAUCACUUAAGGCUGAGAAGGAGGAAAGUUGGUCCCUGGAAUGUGAUGAUGGAGAAAGAGAGAUUUGUGAGGAGGAUGCUAAGGGAUAUGCACAAGAGCAUCUCGGCGCCUUAGUAAGCAAAAAUAACAGGGCUGAGUCAUGUAUGAUAGAUGGAGAUUUUGAAAUGAAAGAGAGCACAACAGAGAGCAGGAACUCAGCAGGUCACAUGUGGCCAGAUGAGAAAGGGGGGGACAAUGACAAGUGUAGUGACCGCUCACCGUCUGUUACCAGCAACUCAAGCCUAAGUCCUACCACUUUAAAUCUUAUGCUUAGCCCUGAUUCUACCCCUCAAAAAUCUGAAGUUGGCACAAGCCCUUAUGCCUCUGUCUGCUCCCCAGAAUCUAGCCCCUCUAAACGCACCUUAAAUUCCCAUGAUCCAACUCGUCCCCAUGCUCAUUUCAGGGCUCGCCACUUCUCAGCCCCCCCGAUACUGUCAGAGUUCCAGAUACAGGUUAUGCGUGCGUUUCUGGAGUCGCGUAGCGAGGCUGAUGCAGCCAGUCCUCCCCGUGAUGACUGCGAGUCGCUGGGCAGGGAGGUGGGGCUCACCGAGGUGGAGGUUCGCAAGUGGCUCACCGACGCCCGACGAGCCAAAGAGAGGCAGAAAGCUGGGGCAACAGAGCACAUGAGCAGCAUUGCAGGCUAUGGUAAAACAUACAAGGGUCUUGAUAACGACGAGGAGGAAGGUUGUCUUACAAUAGAUGAGACCGAGGGUGGGGUCAGCGAUGAGGCCUCUGGCAGUCACGCAAUGGAUUUGUCAAAUAGUGGAGGGCGUAAAGAGAUGGGGAGGGAGAGCCAAGGGGACUCGUGUCUGACCUCAGACAAUGAAGAAUUCUACACCUCUGUCAUUGUGAGUGAUGAGGACAGCCUGAGUGGCUCCAUGAGGGAGGGGCCAGGCAGCCCUGCUAAAGAGGAGGCUCUGGUAGAACUGUCAGGAGACAAGGGUUCAGGAGGAAAGGUGUUGCGCUCCACCACUGUGUUCCUCUCAGACGCUGAGGAUGACGAUGAUGCCGAGGAGGCCGCAGCUCAGAGAGCAAAGAGGAGAAAGAGAAAGAGGGAGUUGGAGCGGGAGGAGGUAGAGGUUAAGAAGGAGAGACUAGACCCCGACGUGGAUUUACAACUAGAGGCUCAAGCUGAUCCGCCUUCCCACCUUCCCGUCACCAUUGACCAUCAACAGCUUCCGAGUGGCAUUCUACACUCCCUCCCUCUGUCUCUGUCCCUCACUCCAUUCUCUACUCAGUUCCACAGCCCUUAUGUUCUCUCUCUCCCCCCCUCAGUGGUUGGGCUCGGAGUUGCAGAAGGAGAUGGAGGCAAAGUACCUGCCUUUCCAAACCCCCCUAACAUCACCCGGUUCUCUGACCCUGUCAUUACAUCAUCCCUCUCCUCCCAUACCCACACCUCCCAAUACAUGUCUAAUGGAGGAGACUGUGAGGCUGCUUUAGAUCUCAGCAUUGGGAAAAGCUACAGCUCAACAUCUUAUUCCUCCACGUCACUCACGGGUGACAAGACUUCAGCACAAAAGGGCCGUCUGCUUGAUGGACUCGGUCUAAGACCCACAGCUUUUGGGGUACCUGGGGAAGGGAGACUCAUUGUGGUCAAGGUCAAACCUGAGCAAGUGACUUCCAACAGCAGUGGCUUUGUCAGUGGCAUGGCCAAGGCCAGCACUGUCUACAUGAGGGAGAAAGAGGAGAGGGACCAGAAAGGCAGGCCGAAAGCACGGCGGUACCGGGACAUGAGACGUUCCAGGACCAUCAUCCAGGCUGAGCAGCUAAAUGUGCUUUAUGGCUGCUAUUUCAAAGACCCAAAUCCCGGGAAACACGAGUUUGAGCAGAUAUCAGAGUGGGUCCAUCUCCCAAAGAAAGUUGUACAGAUUUGGUUCCAGAACAUGCGGGCUAGGGAGCGCAAGGGUGAGGUUCGCUUCAUCAGUGAUGGCACUCUGGCAGCAGUGGGCAAACCGCUCAUCAAGUUCACCUGGCCACUGUCACAACCCAUCUUCUCCAGCACCCCCAAAUCAAACUCCAACAGCAGCGUCUCAACUGUAGCCAAUCCAGUACGGGCCAUCCCAAAGAUGGAGGCGAAGGAGGAAAAUGUUAAAAAAACAGUUCCAAACAGGCCCAAGGAGGUGGCCUCUUCCCUUUCCUCGGUAAGCCACAGUGUGUCUGCAGUGCCAAAGACCAAAAUGGAGUUGACAAACAAUGUCACAAUGGUCAAAAUCGCCCCCAAAAGCAUCGCUCCAGCUCUCCCUGUCGUCCCCAAGGAACCCCGACCUCGCCCCCUUCCCAAACAUGCGCCUGAAGAGGAAGUUGGGGAAGAUGAUGAGGAAAUGGAUGAUCGUAACCAAGCGAAGCCACUAGCCAGGCCUGGAUCCACCAACCGCAUGGUGCCAAAACUGCCCUCGACGCCAAUUAGCAAGUCUCCUGCUGCGACGUCACAAAAACAAAAUGGGCUCAAUUACUGGUCGGCCAAGGGCCCCUUUAAGAUCAACACACUGUCUAGGGAACAGUUGGGUCUGUCAGCACCCCGUACCUUCACAGCUGUCGGUGCAGCUGCUGCCCCCACUGCCAUCACCAUUUCUGCCACGUCCUCUGCUCCUGAUGCUGCCACGGCCUCUGCUCCUGCCUCUGCUGCCACAGCAACUACCACCACAACAGCAAGCGCAAGUAAUCAAACCACCGUCAGCAUUGUCACCAUCGCUAAGACCUCUCCAUCGGAGAGCAGCUUCCUGCACCACUCUACCACCCGCAGGCCACGCACACACCUGUCCUGUCUGCAGCUGUCCAUCCUGCAGUCAUGCUAUGAGACGUGCGCCCACCCUAACGCGAUGGAGUGUGAGGCGGUAGGGACGGAGCUGGGGCUGCCGCUCAAGGUGGUCCAGAUCUGGUUCCAGAAUACCCGCGCCAAGGAGAAACGCUGGAGGCUGCAGCAGGAGAAACUGUCUCCUGUGUCCUCAGAUCCCUCCAAGACGGUUGACAUGAGCUCCGGCAGCUAUCUGCAGUACAACGCUCUGCGAGCCCACCGUCCCAUCCUUCCCAAACCGGUUCAGCUGACUGUCCUGGAGCCCUCUUCUCCCCCAGCCGGGGGCCAGCCUGCAGGCCGAGAGACGCUGAGAGGCAAGUGCCAGGCCUGCAACACAGGCUUUGAGUCCAGAGCAGCAGCAAGAUCCCAUGUCUUUUCCCUUCGACAUUUAGCCACUCUGAGAACCACUAACUUUGGCCAGCCAGCGACCAUCAUCAACAAUAAAUCUGAUAGCGGGUCUAUUUCUGUUUCCGCCUCCGGGUCUUGUGUGGAGGACCCUUCAGCUUCCCCACCCCUACCCAGCAGCACCAGCUAAGGCACCCAUCAGUGCUGGUAAAGACUGGACCCAUUGGGCUCCUUAAAUGUUUAUAAACACAUUGGGCACUGGUCCUCCAAGCUAAUAUUCUUUAAUGUGUGAUGGAAAGGCCCAAUCACCUACCACACUUGCUCCCUCACAUUGGACGUCUUUCUGCCGAGUUCUUGUGUCCAAACUGGAUACACUGUUGUCACACUGCUUCACCAAAAGUUAUCAAAUGAGUGAACAUUUACCAGUCCCUUAUAUUGUCCUGGGCUGCGGUUAUAAUCUUGUCCUUAACCAUCCUGGCCCAGUUUUUAAAUCGCUCUUAUAAUACUUGUGUAUUAUCCCUAAAGACUGUGCUUAUGCAAAAACAAUUAGGCCAUUAUCUGACUGACUAAAAAAGACUGCUGGGAUUACCUGUAACUGUAUAGAUUUGGACCAGAAAUGAGAAGUAGCUCUGUUUUUAGUGGCGUUGAACUUGCCAUCUCGAUUGUGUCUGUGUCACGACAAGCUUUCUGUUAGAAUACAGGUGGCGUGUGUUCAGAUGGUGUAUGCUACUUCACAUGGAAUCGAAAGGUACUUUUAACUGCUUGUGACUAGAAUUGGCCUGUUAAACUGAACAGAUUAUCCCCUCCUGUAAACACACUGGCUGUGGCUGAAAUGGAAUCCUCCAUGGGCCCUGGUCAAAAGUAGUUCACUAUAUAGGGUUCCAUUUCAGAUGCACCCACUCACUGUUCUCAUGACAAUCCUCUAUAGACAGGGAAAAGAGAGGCUGAAGAGGGCAGACUCUCAUUAUACGGCACUUUGAUGCGUUUUACAUUGUAUGAAACGUUUUUAUUCGUAAGCAUUCUUAUGCAGAGUGUCUUUCUACUUAAUGAAAGAUGUGCGUGUCGCAUGUUGGAUGUGUUAUUGUAAGUUACAUUAAUAACAUUGGAAACAUAGUUUUUUGGUACUUGCAGUCUGUCAAAAAAAUAUCUACAUUAACUCAUUAAAACACACAAACAAAACGGAUCAGACCUUACUGCUGUGCAAGGAAAGUCUUAGUCCUGAUACUUGUUAAAUUAUUUCUAAAUUUAUUAAUUCACUAUGGUGUUUUUAAGAUCUAUUGAAUGAAUGUGGAGCAAGAAAAUAACUUUUCCAUUUUUGGUCAAUGAAAAAUAUCCACAACAAAUCAUUUCAAGUGUAAGAUUUGAAACAAGUGAUAUUCCUUAUAACAAACAAUACACUGAACACAAAUAUAAACGCAACAUGUAAAGUGUUGGUCCCAUGUUUCAUGAGCUGAAAAAAAGAUCCCAGAAAUUGUCCAAACACACACAAAUGUGUUUACAUCGCUGUUAGUGAGCAUUUCGCCUUUGCCAAGAUAAUGCAUCCACCUGACAGGUGUGGCACAUCAACAAGCUGAUCCUUACACAAAUGACCCUUGUGUUGGGGACAAUAAAAGGCCACUUAAAUAUUUUUUUGUUGUUGCAGUUUUGUCACAAUACAAUGCCACAGAUGUCUCAAGUUUUGAGAGUGCGCAGUUGGCAUGCUGAAUGCAGGAAUGGCCACCAGAGCUGUUGCCAGAUAAUUCAAUGUUAGUUUCUCUACCAUAAGCCACCUCCAACGUUGUUUUCAAGAAUUUGGCAGUACGUCCAACUGGCCUCAACUGCAGACCACGUGUAUGGUGUCUUGUGGGCAAUGUAGUUUGCUAAUGUCAAUGUUGUGAACAGAGUGCCCCAUGGUGGGGUUAUGGAAUGCACAGCAAUACUGUGACGAGAUCCUGAGGCCCAUUCUUUUAUUUUACAUUUUUUUUAAGGUAUCAUUGACCAACAGAUGCAUAUCUGUAUUCCCAAUCAUGUGAAAUCCAUAGAUUAGGGCCUAAUGAAUUUAUUUAAGUUGACUGAUUUCCUCAUAUGAACUGUAAAACAGUAAAUUGUUGCGUUUUAUAUUUUUGUUCAGGAUACAUCAACUUCCUGGGGAGGUCAAAUGAAACAGACUUGACAACAAGAAAUCGAAAAGAACGGGGUUUUAAUUUCUGAGAUUUCAUUAUUUUUUUUCUGUCUUGAAACAUAUGUGGUUGCAAGCUAGUACUUAUCUGUGUAUGGGUAGAAACAAUGCAAGUCCAGAAACCAGGAGAAGGGAGUCAGUUGGGUACUCUAGUCGUCACCUUUGUCUUACUGGGGAUACUUCUGUAAGCAAUUGGGACAUGCAAAAAGUCAAGACCGCACAAACAAUGAAAGGUGCUGUUUUGAAGGACACAUAUAAUACUAAAGAUGUUUUUCCUUCUGUUUUAAGUUGUAUAUUAUUAAUAAUAAUGUUACUAUUAAUAGUUUUGACAAAAUGCAAAACAACAAAUUACACUUGUUUUUUUUUUUAAAAGAAAUAUAUUAAGAAAAAAAUGAUAUUCCAAAGUUAUCCUUCCUAUGCUUUCUGUCAUUUAAAAAAACCAAAAAGCAAUCUUGAGGUUGACAGAGCAGCAGAGAUGUUCUUCAUGUAGACUGUAAAGGAACUCCCAUGGCUUGACAUUUGAGCCAGUCCAAGAUGUUUACCAUGAGCUACAGAUGAAUGCAUUUCAGCCUUCACCACAUGGGGCAGGCACUUGAUUUGGCUCAUAGACUACAAGUUUUAAAAUAUCCUUCAUAAUUACUAAUCUUUAAAAAAAAAAAAAUGGUGUCGAGCUGUAGCUUGUGUCUAAAACAAGGACUGGGUUGCAGUGCUGUGCUCCAAGUCUGGGAUCUGUCCAAGGUAGUUUUAUGGAGAUCUGCUUUUUAUUCUAUUCACUUUUCAUUGUCACUUGAUUAUCACUAUUGUUAUAACUACUACUUCUGCUAUUUUUAUCAUUAUUCAUCACUGUUUUGAUUAUUGACUCAUAACGGUUUUAAUGAUGUCUCUUUACUCAAAGAGAAUUUUUAUUGGUAUGAAUAUUGAACAAUAAUGGUGGCAGUGUGUUAUAAGUGUGUUAGCAUAUUGAUUAAGCUUUUUUCCUUACUUGUACUUUCAUUUUGUGUUGGAUCGCCAUUUGGUUUUCUUUGGUAUACAGAAAAUAAAUACAUUUAAUUGAACAACAAAA